AAGUGGCGUGGGAUCUGUGCUGUCGGCAGCUUGAAGAGCGUGCAUUUAUCCAAGGACCGCCCAGAGCCAAGCGCUAUCCGGACGUUUAUGCGGACAGUCUUAUCGCACCACAAAAUCCCCAUUUUGCAUUUUCGCCGGAAAUCCAUGGACGCGGCGAGCUUGACGGCCAAGAUCGCGGACCAGGGCGCCCUCGUCCGCGACCUCAAGGCGAAGAAGGCCUCCAAGGAGGAGGUGAUGGCGGCGGUGACGGCGCUCCUCGCGCUCAAGACGACCUUCAAGGAGGUCACGGGCGCCGACUACGUCGACCCAAACGCCAAGCCGGCCGGCGAGAAGAAGCCCAAGGCGGCCGCGCCGACGCCGGUCGAGGACCCGAACAAGAAGAGCAAGAAGGAGCUCAACAAGGAAGCCAAGAAGGCCAAGAAGGCGGCUAUCAAGGACGGCGACGUCCCUGCGCCGGCGCCGGUCGCGGUGGCCGCGCCGGUCACGACCACGCCGCUUGCGGUCGCGGCGCCCGUCGCGGGUCCGACGGUCUUUGUGCAGCCGCCGCCGGCUGCCACCGAGACGCACACGAUCUACUUUAGCGCGUCGCAUUUGCCGCUCAUGUCGUUUGUCGUGGCCACGCUCAUCAAGAGCGAGCUCGACGUGCACUUCAAGUCGCUCACGCCGCCGCAUGCGCUGCCGGUGCUCGUCUUGCCCAACGGCAAGAACAUCAACGGCGACGCGGCCAUCGCCAAGUACCUCUGCCGCGUGUACCCGGACACGGGCCUCUACGGCGUGGCCAAGGAACCGGUCCUUCUCUCGGAGAUUGACGCGUGGGUCGACUAUGCGCUUGGCCACAUUCGGUCGGCGACGGUCAACACGACCGCGGCCUUCCUCGACGCUGUCCUCGCGGAGCGCACGUUCCUCAUUGGCUUUGGCCUCACGCUCGCCGAUAUCGCCAUCUACACGGCGCUGACGCAAGUCCACUACGCGCCCACGGCGACGCUCGCGCACCUUACGCGCUGGUUUACGUACCUCGGUUCGCAGUCGGUGUUUGCGUCGGCCAAGGCGACACUGUCGGCGAUCAAGCCGGCGCGUGCGAUCACGGGCAAGCCGCCGAAGGAGUCGCUGCCCGAGAGCCAGAAGGGCAAGACGACGGGCAACUGCCCGCCGCUCGAGGGCGCGAUUGUCGGCCAGGUUGUCACGCGCUUCCCGCCGGAGCCGAGUGGGUACCUUCACAUUGGCCACAUCAAGGCGUGCUUGCUCAACGACUAUUAUGCUCGCGCGUACGAAGGCAAGCUUAUCGUGCGUUUUGACGACACGAACCCGUCCAAGGAGAAGGACGAGUUUGAGCAGGCGAUCUUGCAGGAUCUGGCGCGCCUCAACAUCAAGCCCGAUGUGGUCACGUACACGUCGGACAGCUUUCCGCAGAUCACGGAGCUCGCGCGCCAGCUCAUCCGCGAAGGCAACGGCUACAUGGACAACACGUCGCAGGAGGUCAUGCGCGACGAGCGCAUGCACGGCAUCGAGUCCAAGUGCCGCAACCAGGACGUGGCCACGAACCUCGACCUCUUUGAGAAGAUGCUCCUCGGCGACGCGGCUGCCGACGGCUACUGCCUCCGCGGCAAGGUCGACAUGCAGGCCAAGAACAAGACGCUGCGCGACCCGGUCUUCUUCCGGUCGAACGCGACGCCGCACCACCGCACGGGCACCAAGUACAAGGCGUACCCGACGUACGACUUUGCGUGCCCGAUCGUCGACUCGAACGAAGGCGUGACGCACGCGCUCCGCACGACCGAGUACAACGACCGCGACGCGCAGUAUCAAUGGGUCUUGGACGCGCUCCAGCUGCGCAAGGUCCGCAUCCACUCGUUUGCGCGCAUGAACUUUGUGCACUCGGUGCUCUCGAAGCGCAAGCUGCAGUGGUUUGUCGACCAAGGCGUGGUCGAGGGCUGGUACGACCCGCGCUUCCCGACUGUCCAGGGCGUCCUUCGCCGCGGUGUCACGGUCGAAGCGUUGCGUGAGUUCAUCCUCUCGCAGGGCGCGUCGCGCCGCAUUGUCGACAUGGAGUGGGACAAGUUUUGGACCAUCAACAAGCGCGUGAUCGACCCGAUUGCGCGCCGCUUCUUUGCGAUUGACGCGGCGCGCGCUGUGCGCCUCAACGUACACGGGCUGCCGUUCACGGGCGUCCAGGGCCUGCCCACGCCGCUCCACCCGAAGAACCCGGAGCUCGGCCACACGGUCAAGCGCCUCUCGUCGUCGCUUUUGAUUGAGCGCGACGAUGCCAACAACUUUAGCAUUGGCGAAGACGUCACGCUCAUGCGCUAUGGCAACGUGACGAUCACAAGUAUCAACAAGAACAGCGACGGCGAGAUUGUGUCGGUCGACGCCAAGGACCACCCGGCCGGCGACUUUAAGAAGACGAAGCUCAAGAUCACGUGGCUCGCUCAAGUCGACGACAUUGUGCCCGCGACCUUGGUCGAGUUUGACCACCUCAUUAGCAAGCCCAAGCUCGAAGAGAACGACAACUUUGUCGACCACUUGACGCCGGUGACGCGCGCCGAGAUGCACGCGCUUGGCGACCACGGGUUGCGCAACCUCCAGUACGGCGAUGUGAUCCAGCUCGAACGCCGCGGCUACUUCCGCGUCGACGCGCCGUACGUCAGCAAGGACAAGCCGCUCGUGCUCUUUAUGAUCCCGGACGGCAAGCAGCGCGCCAUGUCGACGCUCUCGACCAACCUCGCCCAUCGCUAAGAUUAGGAUGCGUCAUUGCCUUUUUGAAUGCCAACCCCGUGCCAGAGCC